UGGAACAGUUUGUCAAAAGGCGCCCAAGGUUAUCCACCGCCCAAGAUUCCAAUGGUGAGGGGCCCACGGUUUCUCCGCGAGUGUGCGUUAUCGUGUGCCUGCGGAGGACAGCCGAGGCGCAGUCUCCUCAUGUGCGGCAUCCGAGGGAGGGGACCACCAAUACAGGUGCUUCCUCGUAGCACCGCCAUCGUUCAUCGUCGACGGCGACGUGUCUCCUUCACCGUCUUAUUCUUCCUCAAGGCCUGCCUUUAGCGUCUCGCAGAUAGGGUUUCUAAGAGGAGGAAAAUGGCGCGGCGAGGGAGGGCGGAGCUGCGGCGGGUCGAGGACCGCACCAGCCGCCAGGUGUGCUUCUCCAAGCGGCGGAGCGGCCUGUUCAAGAAAGCCUACGAGCUCUCCGUGCUCUGCGACGCCGAGGUCGCUCUACGAGUUCUCCAGCGUUUCUAGUUUCCAUAUGUUGAAUUGCAGAUGUAUCAUUUACUUCAAUCCAGCCUGGAGAAGACAGUGGAUCAUUACCAGAAAUUUAUGAAAGCAGAAAAAUAUUUUGAUAAGCACAAUGAAAAGGAGCAGUUUCCAUAUGUUGAAUUGCAGAUGUAUCAUUUACUUCAAUCCAGCCUGGAGAAGACAGUGGAUCAUUACCAGAAAUUUAUGAAAGCAGAAAAAUAUUUUGAUAAGCACAAUAAAAAGGAGCAGAAUCACGAAAAAGGAUUUGCUUGUUCAGAAGGCAAUUUCAAACUACUGGAGAUUGCUGAAAGGUUUAUCGAAACAGAUUUUGCCAAGCUGAAUAUCGAUGGUCUCGAACAAUUGGAGAAUGAUUUAAUUGAUGCAUUCAAAUGGACGACCUCAAGAAAGGCAACAAUGAUGGUGCAGAGGAGGAUCGGAGAGAACCGAGGCUGAGGGGGGCGACGACGACGACAGGAGCGCGGCGGCCGAUGCAGCGGGAUCAUCACGAGGGAACCGGGGAGGCCACCGCCCUGUAUGGAGGCCG